CUCCUCCCCUCUUUUGGUUCCUGCUUAACAUUCCUCUGCUCUGCAGCGAGCUCUUUCGUCUCAGACUUGUUACGUUUACUCUGCGCCGGAAGAAGAACCUGAGGACGCUUUUGGGACUAUGGCGGCGGUGGAUAUCCGAGAUAAUCUGCUGGGAAUCUCUUGGGUUGACAGUUCCUGGAUCCCUAUUUUGAACAGUGGAAGUGUCCUGGAUUACUUUUCAGAAAGAAGUAAUCCUUUUUAUGACAGGACGUGUAAUAAUGAAGUGGUCAAAAUGCAGAGGCUAACAUUAGAACACUUAAAUCAGAUGGUUGGAGUGGAAUACAUCCUUUUACAUGCCCAAGAGCCCAUUCUUUUUAUCAUUCGAAAGCAACAGCGGCAGUCCCCUACUCAAGUUAUCCCACUGGCUGAUUACUAUAUUAUUGCCGGAGUGAUCUAUCAGGCACCAGACUUGGGAUCAGUUAUAAACUCUAGAGUGCUUACUGUGGUACAUGGCAUUCAGUCAGCUUUUGAUGAAGCUAUGUCAUACUGUCGAUAUCAUCCUUCCAAAGGGUAUUGGUGGCACUUCAAAGAUCACGAAGAGCAAGAUAAAGUCAAACCUAAAGUCAAAAGGAAAGAAGAACCGAGCUCUAUUUUCCAGAGACAGCGUGUGGAUGCUUUACUCCUAGACCUUAGACAAAAAUUUCCACCCAGAUUUGUGCAGCAAAAGUCUGGAGAAAAGCCUGUCCCAGUGGAUCAGACAAAGAAAGAGGCAGAACCUAUACCAGAAACUGUAAAAUCUGAGGAGAAGGAGACCACAAAGAACGUUCAACAGACUGUGGGUACUAAAGGCCCCCCUGAAAAACGAAUGAGACUUCAGAGCAUCGUGAUUAACUCACCAAGACCAAAAGUUUGCAUGAGUCUGACUUUUCUGAUUGCUGCUUUGUCUCUACUGUUCAUUAUGGUAAUCUUGCCUUCCUUGUCUUUGGUGCUUGAGUGCCACCACUUGGCCCCUGCCACCCUAGGAUACGUAUAUUCCUAUUGCAUUUAGGCUUCCCAAUUGAGUGGCCGUGGUUCCCACUCUAAGAUCUGUCCUCCAGGGAAGAGCCAUCAUGGAGCCCUUCAAGGAUGUUAGGCUCCCCUCAUAAAUUUAUUUCUCAAAAUAUUAGUGAAAGGUAUGUCCUCUGAACCCCUUCAGUGUGGGUGAGUAAGUCUUAAAUGACAAGUUCACUCUAACAUUUCAGUCUCCCUAAGCCUCUGAAUCCCUUCCUUUACAUUAAACCAAGAGAGGCUGGGUAUUUCCAGUUAGAGCCCUUUCUAACUCCCCAAGCUGCAACAUGAAAUGCAGAAUCUCAGCUUAGUGAGCCCAUACCAAUAAAUUCAGCCUGAUCCAACUUUACAUUCCCUUCAGCAUUAUCCUACACCCUCAGAGUCCAUUCCCACACAUGUUCCCUGGACAUCUGCUUGUAUAGAUUAGAAAACUCAAAUAGUUCUCAUGAAGUGUAGUACACACCCUUAUGGGUCACACUUUGUACCUCACCUCUAGAGGUCUGCUAAGUCUUGACUCUAGUUGUAGGUCCAGAAGCAGAGCGUGUAGUGGGGUGGGUCCUGAGGAGAAUCAGCAUUGUUUUCCGUGGCAGCUAUCUCAGGGGAGGCCAUUACUGUUUCCUCAGGCAAUGCAGGGUUAAUCCCCUCAGAUAGAGAUGGAGAAGCUGCUACCACUGUGGGUGGGGAGGCUGCUGCUACUGGGUGUGUGUGUGGGGGAGAACUCUUCCCCUGGUUAGGAAGACUCACUAGAGAAGGCUCAGUUUCCGCAGUUUCAUCAGGGUCUUCUCACACAUCCCAUCCCAACUUACAGGAUCUCGUUCUUUCCUAAUCAGUCCCUUCACUUGAACAGUGAGGCUGGGAGUUCAAUUUGUGUUGUAAUUCAGCCUAUCUCAAAAUGAGUUUCUGUAUUUCAUUUUCACCAGUUUCAGCCCUGUGACUCCUAGAGAUAAGGCUCUACUUCAGGGCGUGCGUAGGAGCUCUUAGAGCACUUACGGAGUGCCUGAGCUGGGAAUUGGAAUCCCCGGGUUCAUGCUUUUCUUUCACCACUUUGUCCAGCAACAUUAGGCAACCAACCAAUGUCAUUUAUCCCUUAGUUUUAAAAAAAUAUCCAAAAGUAUCCACUUCUCUCUUUGCUUCAUAGAGUGGUUGAUUAGGAGUUUCCGAUGCAGAUAUAUUACCUAUCUUUAAUCAACAGUUCACCACAGACUAUCAGUACUCUCUUUACUACUGGAAAGAGUUAUUAGAGUCUUUAAUCAGAUUAGAGAGCCAAUUUCAGCAACGCCAGAACCAAUUCAGAAAACUCAUCUUUAAAAUUCUGUUCCUCUAAAGCCACUCCUGGUAUCAAAAUCCAUAUUAGUCCAGGUUUUUUAGAGAAAUAAAACUGGUAGUAUAUGUGCUCACGUGAUUAUAGACCCCAAGAAGUCCCACAGUCUGCCAUCUGCAAGCUGGAGAACGAGGAAAGCUGGUGGUGUAAUUCAUUCUGAGUCUAAGGCCUAAGAAUCAGAGGAGCUGAUAGUGUAAGACCCAGUCCAAAUCUGAAGGCUUGAGAACCAGAACUGAUGUCCGAGGGUGGCAUAAAGGGGUGUCUCAGCUCAAGCAGAGAAAGCAAAUUCACCCUUCCUCUCUGCCUUUUUGUUUUAUUCAGGCCCUCAAUGAUUGGAUGAUGCCCAGCUGCACUGGUGAGGGUGACCUUUUUUUUUUUUUUUACUAAGUCUACUGAUUCAAAUGCUAAUCUCUUCCAGAAAUACAGACACACCCAGAAAUCAUGUUUUAGCAGCUAUCUGGGCAUCCCUUAGCCCAGUCAAGAUGGUACAUAGAAUUAACUGUUACAGGGAUAUAAAUAGACCCCACAUAUCAAGGGGAGUAGGGUCAAAGAAGUUGCAGCCCUCUCUAAGCUACCAAAUGUAUCACACUCUCUUGGUGAGAUUAUGGGGAACAAAAUUCACAUACAGUGCAGGUGGUAAAGACAACUGGUAGAACCUCUAUGGAGUGGAAUUUGUUGAUAUUCAGCAAAAAUACAUGUGCACUUAACCUUGCACUCAGCAAUCCUUCUGGAAUUUUAUCCUAAAGAUAUACUUCAAAACUUUGAAAUUACUUUGGUAUAAGGUUAUUUGUGGCAUAUAAUGGCAAAAGAUUGGGAGCCUACCCACACCAAUGCCUACCCACAGAGGACUAGUUGAAUAAAAUAUGAUACUUCCACACAAUGGAUACGUGGCAACAUUUAAAAUGGAUAAGCACGAUUUCCAUACACUGAUAUGACAUGAUCUCCAGGACCUGUUCUUAAGGGAUACAACGCUAUAUUCAUCACGUUACAUGUAAUAUACAGCUGCUCUUUUUGUAAGAAAGAGGAUUGGUUCAGAUAGGCACAUUUAUUUUCUUUUAUUUGCAAAAAAAAGAAAGAUUGGAAAAAUAAACCAAAAGUUAAUAAAAUGGUUACUUAGAGGGGAAUAGGGAAAAUAAGAUGGGGGAGAGUUCAGAAUAGAAAUAAGACUUAUUUGAACAGCACUGGUUAUAUGGUUCAGUUUGGGAUCAUGUAAAUGACUGAUAUAAAGAAAAAUUGACCCCUAAAAUACCAAUUACUCAAAAUUGGAAACAAAUAAAUAAACCUAAACACAUAUCAUGUUGAUGACAUAACCACACAGACAAAAGAAUUGUUUCAAGUGACUUUCAAACAGUCUUAUUGUUAGUAAUAAUAUUGGUAUAAUUACUUUGACUGUAUUUGAUAUACAGCAUAGGAUAAAGCAAAAGGUAGCAAAGUUAAUGUAACAGAAAAAAGUUACAAGUAAGCAAUCAAAGAAGUCAAAUUAAAAUUUUAUUAUCUUUCAUUUUGAAAGAAAGUAUUAAUAUGAAUUCAUGAUUUUUUGGUCGACUUAUUCAUGUAUAAUUUAUAUACAAUAUCAUGAAUGCACCCACUCUAAGUGUAACAGUAUGAUGAGUUUUGACACAUAAUACAUAUGUAUCAACAUAUGGAUCAAUACCAUUACCUCCCAAAUUUCCUUGUGCCCCUGAGCAGUCAGUGCCCCUAUUCUCUACCUUAUGCAGCCACUGAUAUGAUUUCUGUCACUAUAGAAUGUAGCCUAUUCUAGAAUUUCAUAUAAAUUCAAUCAAAUAGUAUUAUCUGAGUCUUGCUUUGUUCACUUGGCUUUUUUUUUCUUUCUGAGAUUCAUCCAUGUUGUUGCUUGUAUCAGCAGUAUUCCAUUAUAUGAUUCUAACAAAACUUGUUUUUUCAAUCAUCUGUUAAUGAAUCUUUGGGUUGUUUCCAGUAUUUUACCUGUUUGUAAGUAAAGCUGCAAUGGACAUGCAUAUACAAGUCUUUUGGAGAACAUGUGUUUAAUUUUUGCCGGGUAAACAUCCAAGAGUAGAGUUAUUGGGCAUAGAAUAAGUGUAUAUUUCAUCUUAUGAGAAACUGCCGAAAAUGUGUUCCAAAGUCGUUAUAACAGUUGAAACUCCCACCAACAAUGGUUGAGUACUCCAGUUACUCUACCCUCCAGACUCCUGGUGCCAUCAGACUUUUAAUUGUACCAUUUUGGUAGAUUUGUAGUGGUAUAUACUUGUGGUUUAAUUUGCAUUUCCCUUAUGACUAAUGACCUUGAGCAUUUUUUUCAUGUAUUU